UGGCUGUUUUGGUUUUUUUUUGAGACAGGGUCUCACUGUGUAGUUUAGGUUGACAUUGAACUUGAUAUGUAGCCUAGGUUAGCCUUAAACUUGUGGUGAUCCUCCUGCCUCAGCCUCCUGAGUGUUGGAAUUAUAGACGUGUGGCACAAUGCCUGGUUUACAUUUUGAGAUACUGCAGUCUUGCUAAAUUGCUCAGGCCUUACUCAAACUUGUGGUCCUCCUAUAGGCUUCAGCCUCCCAUAGUAUUGGGAUCACACACCUGUACCACCCUGCCCAGCUUAUUGUAUACUUGCUAUAUGCCAAGUUUCUUUAGAAAAGCUGAGGUAGCUGGGCAAGGUGGCACACACCUGUAAUCCCAGCACUCAGGAAUCUGAGGCAGGAGGAUGCUUGAAGUUCAGGACCAGCCUGGACAAUAUAACAUGGCCCUGUCACAGCUUAAUGUGAUGGUGCAUGUCUACAAAUCCAGCACUCUGGGAGUCUGAGGCGGUAGGUGCACAAGUUCCAGCCCACGCUGGGCAACUUAGUGAGACCCUGUCUUAAAAAAUGUAAAAAGGGCUUGGGGAUGUAGCCCAGUGCGAUAUCCAUGUGUUCAAUCUCUGGUACCACCAAAAAAAAAGAAAAGAAAAAUGUAGUGCUUUCCCAGGUGGGGAGAGGCUGAUGCAGUGGCUUGGGGGUUGUGACAAGGACACUGUAGGUGCAGAGGGAACAGGAACACAAGUUCAGACCUAGUCCAGGAAGUCACAGAAGGCUCCUCAUGAAAGUGAUACUUAAACACAUAAUAAGGUGAGCAGGAACUCACCAGUAAGGAAGGGAGAGCGAAGCUUAGGUGGAGGAAACGUGUGAAGGCUCAAGUGGGGGCAUACUCGAGAAGCUGGGAAACAGCGUUAGGGGCACACGGUGUGGGAAGAGCAGAGAGGGAGGCGUGCAGGGGGAGGCGGGGGCCGGCAGGGAGGCACAUGGCGGCGUUGGCUCUGUGCUCGGAGCACCGGAAUACUCUGAAGGGUUUCUAAGUGCAGAAUGGCCCGUGGCCUUUAGGAGGAUCAGCUUGGCUCUUGUGUGGAGAAUGUACAGGUGGAGCCAAGACCAGAGAUCAGGAUAACGAGGAGCAGCUGGAAGAGCCCAGGUGACAGUGUGGUGGCCCAGAUAGGAUGGCAGCACAGAUGGAGAAUGGGAGGAUGAUUUAAAUAUAUAUUAGAAUGGAUAGGGUAUAUGCUUGAUUGGGUUGGAAAAGAGAGGAAUCAGAAAUAACUCCUUAGUUUCUGGCUUGUGAAAAUGAGUAGAAGGAGCCGGGCACGGUGGUGAGGGCCUGUAAUCCCAGCACUCAGGAGGCUGAGGCAGGAGGAUUGCUGAAAGUUCAAGGUCAGCCUGGGCUACUCAGCGAGACCCUGUCUCAAAAAAAAAAAAAAAAAAAAGGUAGACGGAGCACCACUUACUGAGAUAGGAAAUACAGGAGCAGGUUUGAGAGGGAGCAUGAGGCACAGCUUAAUGUGUGCAUAAGACAUUGUAGAGACUGAAUAUGGAGGUGUACAAUUCAUGGAAAAUUGAAUGUGGGAUUAUAGAGUGCAGAAGUCAGAUGUGAGGAAUUAUAACUAGGCCAUAUACAAGCAGGUUGACCACCAACAUAUAUUAGUGCCUAAGAUGAGCAGGGCUGUGGAGAGCACAGUGUUCUGAUGAGACGGCACCUGUGUUCACAGAAGGUCGUGUGCAACCGUGCAGAUACAUGUUCACUGAACUGCGAUAUGGGGCGCAGUGUGAGCGUGAGGAGGGACCUGCAGCCCGAGCGUUGGGGGAACAUAGAAAAGAGAAUGGACGGUGUAGGGCUUUGAACUGAGCCUCGGAGGGAGAGGAAGUGCAGGAGAAAGUUGUUUUGGGCUUAGGGAAUGACAGAGGCACGGAAACCCGAAAUUAUCUCAGUGCCUGUUCUGAGCACAGUGGGUGGGUGGUGUGGCUGGAGCUUCACAUUCUUGGAGUGUGAUACACAGUUUUUGGGUGUGCAGAUAAAACUGGAAAAGUACUCGGAGGCCAAGGAGGCUGCCUGUGAGAAGCACGGCUAAGGAUGCGUUUAGUAGGCAGACGAGCUCUGUGGCAGAGCUGAGAAAUGUCAGCCCCGGUGACCUGACUUCAUGUGAAAAAUGGCGAAUGCAGAAGUGAGUGUCCCAGUGGGAGAUGUUGUUGUGGUCCCCACUGAAGGAAAUGAAGGGGGGAACCCAGAAGACACAAAGACCCAAGUGAUCUUGCAAUUACAGCCUGUGCAGCAGGGGAUUUACGAACCCGGGUCGGAGAACAACACGGCUGUUGUAGCGGUAGAAACUCACACAAUACACAAAAUUGAAGAAGGAAUUGAUGCAAGCACUAUAGAAGCAAAUGAGGACAUGGAAAUUGCCUACCCCAUAACUUGCGGGGAGAGCAAAGCCAUCCUCCUCUGGAAGAAGUUUGUGUGUCCAGGAAUAAACGUGAAGUGCGUCAAGUUUAAUGAUCAGCUGAUCAGCCCUAAGCAUUUUGUCCAUCUGGCUGGCAAGUCCACUCUGAAGGACUGGAAGAGAGCCAUUCGUUUGGGUGGAAUCAUGCUCAGGAAAAUGAUGGACUCCGGACAGAUUGAUUUUUACCAACAUGACAAAGUGUGCUCCAAUACCUGCAGAAGCACCAAAUUUGAUCUUCUGAUCAGCAGCGCAAGGGCGCCAGUGCCGGGACAGCAGACAAGUGUGGUGCAGACACCCACUUCGGCCGAUGGUGGCAUCACACAGAUCGCCAUCUCCGAAGAGAGCAUGGAGGAGGCGGGGCUGGAGUGGAACUCAGCGCUCACUGCUGCCGUCACCAUGGCCACCGAGGAGGGUGUGAAGAAAGACUCGGAGGAAAUUUCAGAAGACACUUUGAUGUUCUGGAAAGGAAUAGCUGACGUAGGGCUGAUGGAAGAAGUUGUCUGCAACAUCCAGAAGGAAAUAGAGGAGCUGCUCAGGGGAGUUCAGCAGCGGCUCCUCCAGGCUCCCUUCCAGGUCACAGUAGAUGCGGCUGUCCUCAACAACGUAGCGCACACAUUUGGCCUGAUGGACACGGUCAAGAAGGUUUUGGACAACAGAAGGAACCAAGUAGAGCAGGGAGAGGAGCAGUUUCUCUGUGCUCUGACAGACUUGGAACGCCAGUUGGAAGAGCAAAAGAAGCAAGCCCAGGAUCAUAGGCUAAAGUCCCAGACCGUUCAGAACGUGGUACUGAUGCCUGUGAGCACUCCAAAACCUCCCAAAAGGCCCCGGCUGCAGCGGCCGGCCUCCACCACUGUCCUGAGCCCUUCUCCUCCCGUCCAGCAGCAGCCUCAGUUCACAGUCAUCUCACCCAUCACCAUCACCCCCAUGGGGCAGUCCUUUUCCAUGGGCAAUAUUCCCGUGGCCACACUCAGCCAGGGCUCCAGCCCUGUGACUGUCCACACACUGCCUUCUGGCCCUCAGCUCUUCCGCUACGCUACAGUGGUCUCCUCUGCCAAGAGCAGCUCACCAGACACAGUGACCAUCCACCCGUCAUCCAGCCUGGCACUGCUAAGCUCCACCACCAUGCAGGAUGGCAGUACCCUGGGCAACAUGGCGACCAUGGUGAGCCCCGUGGAGCUGGUGGCCAUGGAGUCCGGCCUGACCUCAGCCAUCCAGGCCGUGGAAAGCACCUCAGAGGAUGGGCAGACCAUCAUUGAGAUUGACCCAGCCCCAGACCCUGAGGCCGAAGACACUGAGAGCAAAGCAGUCAUCUUGGAGACAGAGCUGAGGACUGAGGAGAAAGUCGUGGCCGAGAUGGAAGAGCACCAGCAUCAAGUCCACAAUGUGGAGAUUGUAGUCUUAGAGGACUGACUGGGGUCUUGGGGCCAGGAGCUAUGUUUUGGUUUGGAAUUUUAAUUAUUUGUUUAUUUUUAUCAUUGUCCCACUCAUUUCCACAUAGGAUCCUUUUUUUACAAAAAAAAAAAAUCUCAUUAUUGUAACUGAAAACGCUGGGGUCCUCCCAUCCUCUCAUUGAAAAAUGGACACAACCAGCUCCCCUUCCAGAAGGUGAGAGUGUCCUAACCAUCUUAUUGUAAGAAAGUUAUUUCUUUUCGGGGAGGCAUCAAAGGAACCAGAACCCUUCGCAGACUAGCCUGGUCCAUCUUUGUGCGCUUGGUCUUAUGCUUGUAAAGAUGCAUUGACCAAACUCCGGAACGCAGAUGUGCCCCUGGAAGGCGACCCAGUGUUACGUGUUUGUACCCUUGAAAGGCUCUGAAACAGAUAAAUGGAAGUUGAACUCUG